UUCUGUAUUGUUGCUAAGCAACUAAAAUUCAAUACAAAACUAAAAACAUGGCUGUUCCUAUCAAACGUGUCAAACACUGUCAAAUGUUAAGAAUUUAGUAUUAAAAAAAUACUUGUAUUUGUUAAUUAUUAACUAAUUUUAAAUUUUAAUAAAAUGUUGUUAAAAUAUUUAGGAUCUAUUUUAUCAGCUCAAGAUCAAGAAAAUAGAAUAGCAGGAAUUGCCUGGUCGCCAAAUAAUUUAAAGUUGGCUGUUGCUUUAUCGGAUCGUACAGUUUAUUUAUUCGACGAACAAGGUGUCAGGAAGGAUAAAUUUUCCACAAAACCUGCUGAUCCCAGGUUUGGUAAAAAAAGCUAUCUUGUCAGAGGAAUCGUAUUUUCGCCAGAUUCAACAAAAAUUGCCAUUGGACAAACUGACAAUAUCGUUUACGUUUAUAAAAUCGGAGAAGAAUGGGGAGAGAAAAAAGUGAUUUGCAACAAAUUCAAUCAGUCAUCGUCAGUGACUUGUCUCAUUUGGCCUUUGGAGGGUCCGGUUGUUGUUGGAUUAGCUGACGGCAAAGUUCGAGCAGCUUUAGUGAAAGCAAAUAAAGCUCAAACUUUGUACGCUGCUGACUCGAUGACCAUUGCAUUGGCUACAAACACGAGAGGAACGGGCUUUCUAUCAAGCCACAUCGAUGGAAGUAUCAUAAGAUAUUUUGUAUCCGACGAUGGAAAUAUGGAACCAGUUGGUCGUGUACUGGUGCACAAUGUUCCCGCGUACAGUUUAGCUUGGCCUCAAGGACACAUUUUAGCCUCGGGUUCCGAUAAGAGAAUAACAUUUUACGAUUCUCGUGGCAAAGUGGUGAAAUCACUGGACUACAGUCGUGAACCAGGUGAAAAAGAAAUGACAGUCGCUUGUUGCAGUCCCAGUGGACAGAGUGUCGCCGUUGGUUCAUGGGACAAAAUUCGCAUCAUCGACUGGAGUCCUCGACGUUCAGUCUGGGAGGAGGCGAAUUGUCGAAAUCUACCCAAUUUCUACACAGUCACGGCGAUUUCCUGGCGACGAGACGGUUCAAAACUCGUUAUCGGCGGUCUCUGCGGUGCUGUCGAACAAUUCGAAACAAUCCUUCGACGUUCAAUAAUCCGCGGCAGUCACGAAGUCUCCUACGUUGGUCCCAGUCAGGUCGUUGUUCGUCGGCUCGACAAUAAGUAUCCUCCAGUGAUCAUCAGAUCCCAAACCGGAAAUGAAAUAGAAGACGUCAAGGUGAUGGGCCGCAAGGAUAAUCACAUAGUGGCAAGAACAUCGGCUUCAUUAUUAGUCUGCGAUAUCGAUUCAGGCCUAUUGAGUGAAAUACCAUGGAAUCAUAAAAAUCAUAAGGAGAAAUUUUUCUUCGAAUAUUCAGCAGUUUGUUUGGUAUUUUUGAACGGGGAAUUGAGUGUCAUUGAAUAUGGAAAGAACGAAAUUUUGGGAUCAGUGCGAACUGAAGCUGUCAAUCCGAGAGUGGUGAGUGUUCGGGUCAAUGAGAGGAAGGUUCUCGGGAUGCCAUUGAAUAAUCGACUGGCUUAUCUACUCGAUUCGAAAACAAUUCGCGUGGUAGAUCUUUCGAUGGGUACGACGCUCAAUAUAAUUAAUCACGACACACGGGUCGAUUGGUUGGAAUUGAGUGAAACUGGUCAUAGAAUUCUUUCACGUGAUAAACGAGGAAGACUUUGGUUGUGUAAUGAUCAAGGCGGAAGGGAUUUGCUUCUCACUGGAACUGGGUUUGCAUCUUGGGUACCUGAGAGCGACGUAGUGGUUGCUCAGUCAGGUCAGACGCUAGCAAUCUGGUACAACGUGGACGCCCCGGAGGCGGCAACAUUGCUCUCAAUUCGCGGCGAGGCAACGGAAAUAAUUCGCGAAAAUGGACAAACUCAAGUGCAAGUGGAAGAAUUGGGAAUAAAAACAUCCUAUCUGUUAGACGAAGGUUUAAUUGAAUUUGGCACAGCACUACACGACAAUGAUUUCGGAAGAGUCGUCCUCUUUCUCGAGGAAUUCGGCGAUCGACCACAAGCCGAGGCAAUGUGGGAGAAUGUUGCCAGAAAUGCAAUGAGUUCACGAAAUUUCCUGAUAGCAGCGCGAUGUUUCGCGGCACUUGGCGACGUUGCUCGUUCACGAUUUCUCCAGGAUGUGGUGAAAAUAAGCGAGGAUUACGCCCAAGAGAGUGGAAACGAGGCGCUGGCGAGUCCCGAUUGUUGGGCGAGACUGGCAAUUCUCAAUGGGGAAUUAAAAACCGCCGAGGCAAUUUACCUUGAGCAGAAUGAAUUGGAAAAGGCGUUGGAGAUGUAUCAGAAGUAUUGGCACUGGGAGGAUGCGAUUACUCUCGCACAGAAUCGUGGCUGGGAGGGAGUUGCUGAAUUGAGAGAUAAACAUUUGAAUUGGUUGCUUGACAGUGGACAGACGGCGAAGGCAGCGGGGAUAAUUGAAAAUAAUAAUCCUCGAAAGGCGAUAAAAUUGUACCUUGAGGCUCAUCGACCUGGACGAGCUGCUAGAUUGAUAUUGGCGAAUGAGGAUUUACUGAAUGAUAAUUCUUUGGUUCAUGAGAUUAUCAAGGCACUCAAGUCGACGUAUCUCAUGGAAUUGGCGGGCGAAAUUUUCGAGAAGACUAACGAUUAUCCGGCGGCAAUUAAGGCUUACGCUCAGGCUGGUGUUUUUUCACGAGCUCUCGAUCUCGCGAGGCAAGCAGAGCCGAAUUCUGUCGUGAGUCUCGAGAAAGAAUGGGGUCAUCAUUUGGUCGAAUCUGGUCACUACGAUGCUGCGAUUAAUCAUUUUAUCGAGGCCGGUGAGACGUCUCUUGCUCUAAACGCUGCCGUCAACGCUCAUCAGUGGCGGAAAGCUCUGCAAAUUAUUCAGGUAAUCGAAAACGACGAUCCAGAAAUAAGAAAGCAGUGCGAGAAGCUCGGCGAGUAUUUCGCUUCGGUGGGCGACAAGAAUUUGGCGGAGAGUCUAUUUCUCCGCAGCGGAAAACCGCAUCGUGCUGUUGAGACACACAUAAAAGCGGGCGAUUGGGCUCGAGCGCAGGAAGUCGCAUUGGGUCAGAUGGAUUCCGUCGAGGCAAAUGAAAUUCUCGCCAAUCAUGCAGAAACUCUCAAGGCUUCAGGUGAUUUGCGACACGCCGAAGCAUUGUACAUCGCAACAGGUGAUCACGAUUCGGCAAUUGCAAUGUACAGAAAAGCCGGGCAUCGUGCCGAUAUGAUUCGUCUUGUCGGCAAAUACAGAUCAGAUUUACUUCAAACGACUCAUGCACACCUCGCUCGAGAAUUGGAGGCUGUGGGGAAAAUUCGCGAGGCCGAGGAGCAUUUCCUGGGAGCUGGCGACUGGAAAGGCGCCGUUACUGCCUACAGAACUGCAAACAUGUGGGAGGAUGCACUGAGAGUUGCCAAACGUGCCUCGAGUGAAAAAGCCGCUCAACAGGUUGCGCUGAUGUGGGCACGAACCCUGGCACCGGAACUCGGCGCAAAAUUACUGGGAAGAUUGAAUUACAUGGAUUCGUGUUUACAACUUGCGUGUGAGGCGAGUCUUUUUGAAUGGGCAUUGGAUGUCGUCAAGUACGGAACAGCGGAACAACAGCAGGAGGUUCAUUAUCGAUAUGCAAUGUAUUUGGAGGACGAGGGUCAAUUUGCCGAAGCAGAGAAGGAAUUUAUUCGUGCUAAUAAAGCACUGGAGGCGGUACAAAUGUAUAUUCAUACUCGUGAUUGGGAAGCUGCUGAGGAAGUUGCAAAAAAUCACAGUCAAGAAGCUCUAUCGCAGGUUCUCGUCGCACGGGCAGCGGAAGCUGUUAAGAAUCAAGAUUACAGCACUGCUGAGGCUCUUCUUCUUCGAGCGCACAAACCGGAGAUUAUUAUCGAUCACUAUAAGAAUGGCGGAAUGUGGUCGGAGGCGAUGAGAGUUUGUCGUGAAUAUUUACCAAGUCAGGAAGCAGCAUUGAGACGGGAAUUGGGCCAAAAAACGUCCCAAAUCGAUGGUGGAAAUAAUCUCGAAGAAGCUCGGCGAUGGCUCGAAGUUGGUGAAAUUCGUGCUGCACUGGAUAUUCUUCUCUUUGAUCCACAAGCCUCAAGAGCCGCUCUUAUUCAAGCGGCAGACAUUCUUUUACAUCAAGCAGAACCGGACGUUGCCGCUCACAUCGGCGGCGAUCUCGGAACUCGUUUAUUCUCCGUCGGCGAGUAUGCUCUUGCUGCUCAGGUAUUUCUUCAAGCGGACAGAUUGAGAGACGCGAUAAAUUCACUGGCAGCUAUUGGCGAGUGGGAGCGAGCAAAACGUGUCGUUCAAGAGCUCGCACCCGAUUUGGAAUACUAUUUAGAGGAAAAAUACAAAGAGACAAUGAUUAAAGAAGAUCAAAUGGAUAAAUUGGCGGAAGUUGAUGCCGAAGCAGCAUUGGAAAUUCUCGUUCGCAAGGGACAAUGGACCCAGGUAUUUGAAGCGGCAAGUGCAAAAAGUUCAUCCCUCCUUCACAAAUACGUCGCUCUUCGUGCCGCUCAAUUACUAAAAUCAGAUUCGCCAAUUCAAUCCUUACAAUUGUACGUGCAAUAUGGCACGCCACCAAUUCCGCAAAAUUACAAUCUCUACUAUCAUCUGGCGGAGACAAUUCUCAAUUCGGAAGAGACUCACAGUGAAUAUCGUUAUUUAUCGCAAUUACGCGAUAUUCUUGUGAAAUUUGUGAAAAAUCUCGAAUCCACGGAUUAUUUGGAGAAAUUCGAAAGACUCUUUCGAGCGGCUCACUAUUCGAGUUUUCGUUGUGCAAUGAGAAUGUAUCCGCCUCUCGCGGGAUUAAUGGUGAAGGCGUCAAUUGUUCUUUUGCGAUAUUCGGAUAUAUUGUUGGCUGAUCGUUGUUACUAUGAGGCGGGAAUAGACGCGAGAUCGGCGGGUUUGAGUAGUGAGGCUUUUGUCUUUUUGAAUCAUUUUCUCGAUUUGGAGGAGUGCAUCGAGGAGGGCGAUGGAAGUAUUUUGGAUGUGGAUGACUUGAGAAUGACUGAUUUUCCACUCGAGGUUCCACUUCCGUCGCGAUUGACUUUGACGAAAGAUGAGAGGGAGGAGGUGCGUGAAUGGGUUCUGACGGUGUCGGUGGAUCAAAAAGUGGAGCAAGGAUUGCCGACCGAUCAUCGUGGAACUUAUACUGGAUCGUUGACUAAUUCUACGGAUAAAUCGAAUGCAUUGCAGGAAUGUGCACUCACGGGUUAUCCGAUUCGUGGACCAGUUGUUAGAUUUGAAGGGACGAGUUGUGUUGCCGAUCGGGACGAUUGGAAUAAACUUGUGAGCGCUGCUCGACAAGCGCCUCCCGACUCCAAUCUCAAUGAUAUUCUCGCUUUUAUGCGAGAAUGGUGUGGAACGAUUCCCAAUUAUUCCUUCUAAUUUCAUUAAUUUCAUUAAUUUCAUGGGAGAAUUUUCCUACGAAAAUAAA